CCUCUGUGUGCUGAAGGGAAAAGAGCCACCAUGCAGCCAACUCAGGCUGCGGUGUCCUUUGAAGAGGUGGCUGUGCGUUUCACCCCGGGGGAGUGGAGCCUGCUGCGCCCAGCCCAAAGAGCUCUGUACAAGGAAGUCAUGCUGGAGAAUUUUGGGAACGUGGCCUCUUUGGGAGACGUGUGGCAGUCAGCGAAUGAUGCAGAAGAAUGCCAAUUGAUGGAAAGAGAAGAUACAUGUUCAGAUGUGAAAGAGAAGUUUGAAUAUUUGAAUGAACCAGGGAAGGAGGGAAAAUACCCACCAAAAGAGAGGAAUAAUUCCAAUCUUUUAUAGGGGGAUGACUCUCUACAGCAAAAAAUAUGUCAAGGAGAC